CAUUGGUCAACCAUUCUUGUCUUCAAGACUCAUCAAUAUGUGCAGCGCAGGCAAGCAAUGCCACGACGAGAGCCUUGAUCGACAUCUAAUGUAGCAAGCCUCAUACAUCCCUUAUUCUCACUGUCCGUGGCAACGUCUUCACCAUGGCAGUCCAAUCCAAGCUACUCCCGCCUGGUCGCACGAUCAAACAACUCGCCUCCGAGUUGACGUCGCUCUACCUCAAGCAUCGAACCAAGAUUUCUCGCACCGUCUACAUCACAUUGGUGCUCGCCUUAAUCCACCGAGUCUACAACGCAAUCGCCGAACAGAAAGCGGCCUUGAGGAGGCAGGCUGAACUGCGAGAUCAACAAAUCGCGUCAACGGGCGAUCCAGAAGCCGAAGAAAAACAUCACAAGAAGAAGAGAGUGGAAAUCAAUCGUGAAUUCUUCCGGAAUCUGCUCCGAUUACUUAAAAUUGUCAUUCCAGGACUGCGCAGCAAAGAGCUUCGUUUGCUAGUCAGUCACAGCGUCUUUCUCGUCCUGCGCACCCUAUUGUCUCUAUAUGUGGCGAACCUUGAUGGCAAAGUCGUCUCAGCUCUGGUAAAAGGCCGUGGCCGAGACUUUGUCUUAGGGCUAGUAUGGUGGAUGCUGGUUGCGGUUCCGGCCACUUUCACCAAUUCCAUGCUACAAUAUCACCAGACCAAACUCGCCUUAUGCUACCGGACCCGCUUAACGAACCACAUUCACGAUAAAUAUCUCGACAAUAUGACCUUUUAUACACUGUCGGCACUGGAUGAUCGGAUCAAGAACGCCGACCAACUCAUCACCGUGGACGUUUCACGCUUUAGUAACUCUUUGGCGGAACUCUACUCGAACCUAGCCAAGCCAAUCCUUGACAUGGUCAUCUAUAACUACUCUCUAUCCAAAUCAGUCGGUGGUGAAGGCCUAUUUGCCAUGGCUUUACUCGUUCAGGUGUCAGCCAACGUCAUGCGCGCUCUGACUCCUCCAUUUGGCAAAUAUGUCGCCGAUGAAGCCCGCCUCGAAGGCGAAUUCAGGUUUCAGCAUACUCGACUCAUCGAUUACAGCGAAGAGAUUGCUCUCUACGCGGGCCACGAGGCCGAAAAGGAUGGCCUGGACAAGGGUUAUUUCACUCUGAUCAAGCACGUCAAUCGCAUCCUUCGAAGAAGAUUUUACCAUGGUCUGAUGGAAGACUUUGUUAUCAAGUACUUUUGGGGCGCCCUAGGCUUGCUCUUGUGUUCACUGCCUGUUUUUUUCAAGAUUCCCGGUCAGUCUCUAGAGAGUGCAGGAGACCAUACGGAGAGUUUUGUCAAGAAUCGGAGGAUGUUGUUGAGCAGCUCCGAUGCAUUUGGCCGCCUGAUGUUUUCGUAUAAAGAGAUCAACGAACUUGCUGGACACACUUCAAGAGUCGCCGGCCUACUGGAUGUCAUGGACGAAGUUGCUGCCGGUCGAUUCCAGAAGAAGUUGGUCAGCUCAGCCAGUAUAGAGGAGAAUGCCCUUGUAUUGCAAGGUCGAGGCACAGUGGAGGAAAGCGAAAACAUCGAAUUCACCGACGUCCCCAUUGUCAGCCCAAACGGCGAUGUUCUCGUGCGAAAGCUGACUUUCCACAUCCGUCCAGGCGACCACCUUCUGAUUGUAGGUCCCAAUGGAUGUGGCAAGUCGAGCUUGUUCCGAAUCUUGGGUGGACUGUGGCCAGUGUACGGAGGCAGUGUGAAGAAGCCAAAGUUUGAAGACAUAUUCUACAUUCCUCAACGCCCAUAUCUCAGUCGAGGUACACUAAGGGAUCAAAUCAUCUAUCCAGAUACACUCUACGAAUUCAGACUCAAAAAAGGCUCUGAGGACGAGUUGAAGCGGAUCCUCGCCAUCCUUGAAAUCGAAUCGGUCCUCGACCGUCCCAACGGUUGGGAUGCUGUUGAGGAGUGGAGGGACGUCUUUUCCGGGGGUCUGCAACAGCGGAUCGCCAUGGCGAGACUGUUCUAUCACAAACCCAAGUACGCGAUCCUGGAUGAAUGCACGAGUUCGGUCACUCUUGAAAUGGAAAAGACCAUGUACGAGACAGCAAAAGGUCUAGGUACUACUUUAAUGACCGUUAGCCACCGAAGAAGUCUGUGGAAGUACCACAGCGUAAUUCUGCAAUUCGACGGUCAAGGUGGUUAUGUCUUUAGCGAACUCGAUGCUGAGCGGAGAAUCAAGUUGGAGGACGAAAAGGAAGAGCUGGAGGCACUGCUUCGCGGCGUUGAUGGCUGGGAGGCAAGACUGAACGAGUUGCAAGGUUGAAAUGGUUCGACUUUCGAGGAAGCAUACCUCGGACAGUCGCAAAAAUCAUCUAUACCCAACAUGGAGAUCUGGUCCAGCCAAGUCACCAGACUUGGUCGGCAGGGCCAGACCUGUGACGUUUCUCUGGAUCGCCGUGACAGCCAUUUGGGCUUAGGUACUCCAAAAAGGAUUUUUUGCCAACUAUCAUGCAAUACUUCAUCACGCAACAAACGGUGUGAUUGCCGAAGAAUCAAUGCCAUCCCUACCGAAGCGACAACGAGAAUAUUGUGAAAUAAAAUAUGAGCGAUACCAUUGCGCCCAUUAAGGCUGGCGGACGAGCACGCCAUGCGAGCCAAGUGGGUUAAGCCUCAGGAAAUGCCCGGCAAAUCGACCAGGGUAAGGGAAUCAAGGCCAACUCUUCUUUGCUCUACAUGCCUCCUCAGUGGGUCGGCACACGACAUGGAAGCAGACAAGAAGCUCAGUGGCGCCAACAAGCAUUAUAGCUUGAGCGGCCAAUCGGCCUUGUAAAUCUUGGGCCAACGUUGCAGGUCUAUAUAGAUAAUCGAACAUGGAUGAAGCACAUGGUUGAAGGAUUUUGAGUCACAUAUGGGUCGCAGUAUUGCGUGCUUGCAGACUUUUGUGGCGGUUGAUCGUUAGUGUUGAAUAUUAAUGGAGCU